AACCUGACAAAUUUCCUCAAAGAUUUUGUUACAUGCAUGAUAUACAUACAUAAUGCUUUCCCGUACAUUUAUAACCAGAACCACCGUAAACUACCACCGUCACCGUCAUCAUCUACCAAACCUUACCAUCAAACGCCUCAUUUCCUCCCCCCUUACAACCCCUCGUAACAAUAUUCUCAAAACCUUACAACAUGCAGGUCCACCACAACGUGCUACAUCCUCCCGCAUUGUCUUCAAGGCCACCAUGCUAUCCAUUACCGUUGCAGUUGCUGCAUCUUACGUCGUUUUCUUCGAUUCCGACGAAUUAAACGAAGUUCGAUGUAAGAAGGACCGCAUGUUCAAAGAUUUCACCAUACAACGUUCGAACGAGUGGUUGAGGAGAGUUCUGGACACCAUGAAGCAUACGGGUGUUGCUAUAUCGGUUUUAUGGAAUUCUUUGACGUCUGUUUUGUCUUCAGCGAACCAUGAGGUUCGCGCAGGGUUUGAGGCUAGGGUUGCCGCGUUGUUGGCGGAUAUUGUGGCGGCUGAUGAGAACCGGAGGGCUGCUAUUGUUGGUGCUGGUGGUGGGUUGGUGGUGGAUUGGUUGUUGGAUUCCGUUGCGUUGAAUAGAGGCGGAAAUUUGGGGACUCAGGCCGAAUCGGCUAGGGCUUUGGCUUACUUGAUUGCUGAUUGUAAUGUUAAUGAAGCGGUUCUUAGGCGGCCUCAAGCCGUUCGUAAUCUUCUCCGGUUUAUCUUCUCUGCCAAUCCGCAGGAACAGCAGCAAAAAGGGUCGAAGUCGAACGAAAUUGCUGAUCCAAUGAAAGGAAGGAGCAUGCUUGUUGCAGCAAUAAUGGAUAUUGUCACUUCUCAUGAUGAUAAUGUGGAUAAGAUUAAGUUAAAGCCUAUGUUAUCUCGAAAAGCUGCAAUGAGGGACAUUGCAGCCGCGCUUCAGGUAGUUGAAGAAGGCGGGAUGUAUUGGAAUGAAACAUCAAGUUCAGGUGAUGGAGCCAGUGUGGGACUUUCGAGAGCGAAUGGUGCGAUGAAGUUAGAGCCGCCAUAUGUUAAAUCCACUCGUAAAACUAAAAGAAUGUUGUUUAACAAAAUAGUUGAUAGUUCUCCAACUUUUAUCCCUGGUUUGUGGGAUGAUUUGCAUUGCCAACAUGUUGCAGUUCCGUUUGCUGCUUGGGCGUUAGCAAAUUGGGCGAUGGCUUCGGAUGUGAACCGAUCUCAUAUCCAAGAACUGGACCAUGAUGGCCGUGCGAUCAUGACUGCUUUGGUUGCACCCGAGAGAUCUGUGAAAUGGCAUGGGAGUUUAGUGGCUAGGUUGUUGUUAGAAGACCGAAACCUUCCUUCAAAUGAGUUUGUUCCGGAAUGGAGUUCUAGUCUUCUUUCCACCAUGUCACAAGCAAGCAAAAGCGACGAUGUUCCUUUGACUCGUGUGGCUUUAUCUGCAUUCCUGUUGUCAAUUGAAAGAUGUCCCGGAGCUCAAAAGGCGGUUAUGGAAAAGAGUCUUCAUUUAAUGAGGGAAACUGCUAAAAGAAUGAAGAAGCAUGAGUCGGUACAAGAAGCGUUGGCGAAAGGUUUAGAAUCAUUAUGUACGGGGAACAUGCACUUGUCUCUUGAAGAAGGUCACAAAUGGUCAAGCAUUCUGCUUUUGUGGGUAUUUGGGAAUACUUCUUCCGAUGCUACACGUUCUUCGGCUAUAAGAGUUCUUUCACGUGUUCUCGAAGAUUAUGCUCCAUCUUCCAUACCAAUUUCUCAAGGUUGGUUAGCUAUAUUGCUAAGCGACGUUCUUAAACAUAGGACGGCGACACUUAAAGGGUGUGCUCAGCCUAAGGAUAAAGUGAAGACUCAAAUCGACCAAGCAAACGUUGUAUCCGGCACACAGGCAGCUAAGCAGUUGGCUAGCGCGGUGGUUAAUCUAACGGUUAAUUGGUUGGGAACGGAGUCUUUGAAAGAUCUUCUAUCCAUCGAGCCCUUUUAUACGUCAUUUAAAAGUAUAAAAAAAAGUGUACCCAAAGUAACCGCUGUAGAUUCUGCACUAGUAACCCUUAAGGGGAUCAAAACUAUGUCGGAAAUCUGUAGUGACGACACAGAUUGUCAAACCAGAAUAAUCGAUUACGGUGUAGUUUCUUUACUACGUCGCCUCUUGUUAAAAGAUGAUUAUGAGAAAUUAGCAGCAAGUGAAGUGUACAACGCAUCAACAGAUGUGAACACCGGUGUUCAACAUGCAAGUGAACCAUCUAGUGUCCGUGUUCCACCUGUUUCCCACGUCCGCAGGCAUGCAGCCCGAUUUUUAACCAUUCUUUCGGUCCAUCCAAAAGUUAAGGAAUUUAUAUUAAAUGAUAAAGUUUGGUGUGAGUGGCUUGAGGAUUGCGCAAAUGGAAAAAUCCCCGGAUGCAAUGAUCUCAAGACGCGAAGCUACGCUAGAGCAACAUUGUUAAAUAUUUUUUGCAACGAUGAUGACGAUAAGCACAGGUGUCCUCAUUUUACCGAGAUGAUUUAUUUAAUCAACCCAGACAAGCCUCACUGGAAAUAUCGUGUAGAUGAAAGGCGGGAAUCUGGUGUGGAUGCACCAUUGGAUAAGGAUCGGAUUAAUCCAUUUUCACAAGUUAAUGAGGGUUAUCUUGAUAUUGAUACCAGAAUGUUGGAUGAUAUCGAUAGUGAAUCAGUGAGUCACUCAGAUCCUUUGUUUGACAUUGUGUUUGUUCAUGGGCUGCGUGGUGGGCCGUUUAAGUCAUGGAGAUUAUCUGAAUGCAAGUCAUCGUCAAAAUCUGGACUUGUAGAAAAGAUCGAUGAAGAAGCAGGAAAGCAUGGCACUUUUUGGCCUGCCGAAUGGCUUUCGGCUGACUUCCCUCAUGCCCGUAUGUUUACUCUUAAGUACAAGACAAAUCUAACACAGUGGUCUGGAUCAAGCCUGCCUCUUCAGGAAGUGAGCUCCAUGCUAUUGGAUAGGCUAAUUACUGCAGGCAUUGGAGACCGACCCGUUGUGUUUGUAACUCAUAGCAUGGGGGGCUUAGUUGUCAAGCAGAUGCUUCACCAGGCUAGAACAGAAAAGCGAGACGACAUUGUCAAUAACACCAUCGGUGUGGUGUUCUAUAGCUGCCCACACUUUGGUAGCAAACUUGCGGAUUUGCCAUGGCGAAUGGGUUUUGUUCUACGCCCUGCGCCAACUAUAGGAGAGUUGAGAAGUGGUUCUCCAAGGUUAUUAAAGCUUAAUGAUUUUAUUCGUCGCUUACAUAAAAUAGGGGCCCUUGAUGUUCUUAGUUUUUGUGAGGCCGCAAACAUGCAGAUUUUGACUUUUAACUAA